AUGGGAACGGGCGGGGACACAGAGCAUGGGGCGCAGGAUCUCCCUGCCCUCCUGCGGCCCCACCUGGGCAACGCCGUCAAUCCUGCGGCUGGGCGUCCCUCGUGGCCUUCCUUCUCCUUCGCGCUGGAUGCCCCGGCGCAGGGGUUCACCGAGGACUUCGCCCGGCUGUGCGGUGGUGAUGCCUCCGGCCUGGAGCCGGGCUUCGCGCCUGCCAGCUCCGUGGAGGAUGCCCUCGCCGGGCUGACCUCGCUGCUGGUGCUCGGCCCGCUGACCCCCCUGGUGGCCAGCCACUUCCGGCCGCUUCUGCCGGAGCUGGUGAGCCGCGCCACCGCGCGGGACUUUGUCCCUGCCCAGCAUCCCUGGCAUGCCGCUGCCCUGGCUGCCCUGCCUCCGGGCCUGGUUGACACGGACAAGCUGCUGGACAUCUAUGAGCAGGUGGCCAUCGCGCUGGCCUGCGUGCUGCCCUCCUCGGAGCACCUCCUCCAGCCGAUCCUCGGCUUCUUCGCCGGCGCCCCGGCCCUCUUCGAGGGGAUCCUCCGGCGCCUGCCGACCAGCGAGCAGCCGGUGGCCAUGCCGUCGAACCAGCUGCGCGCCUUCGUGCGCCUCGCGCGCGCCUGCUUCGUCCUGCUCAGCCAUGCCGGGGAUUUCUUCGGGUCCCGCUGGGACUGGUCCGGCUUCGUGCCGCUGCUGGACACCAGCGCCCGGCGCCUUGUGGCCGAGUCGCCCGAGCAGUCGGAGUCCCUGGCCGUGUUGGCCUUCCUGGCGGCCGAGAUCACGGCCCGCCUGCUGAAUGCCAGCGACUUCACCCGGCAGGCGCUGCUGGACGCGGCGGCCAGCAAGCGUGCGAGCCUGCAGUCGGCCGAGCAUGGCCCGGCCCCCUCGAAGUUCUCCUACCUGCUGACCAGCUACGAGAGCACCGUCCUGGACCCCUACACGUAUGGACUGUUUGCGCGGUCGCUGCUGGCGUCCGGGCAUGCGGCGGCCCCUGGCGGCCGUGCCGGACGCCUGGAUCUCAGCGAUCUUGUGGUCACGGCCGGGCACCUGGGCCCGGCCGUGUGCGAUGUCAGUGGCCUGCUGCUGAAUCGCUUUUCGAUCCACUCCACCCCGGGGAGCGGGCUGGUGCGCGCCGAUGCGCCGUCCUCCCUCGGCCGUAAGCCCGGCCUGGUGCCCAUCGACACGACCGUGCAGAACCUCCGCCGUUUGGGGUUCGCCUAUUCCCUGAGUGCGCCGGUGCUGCUGCAUGGCCCGGCUGGCGCCGGGCUGGUGCGCGCCGAUGCGCCGUCCUCCCUCGGCCGUAAGCCCGGCCUGGUGCCCAUCGACACGACCGUGCAGAACCUCCGCCGUUUGGGGUUCGCCUAUUCCCUGAGUGCGCCGGUGCUGCUGCAUGGCCCGGCUGGCGCCGGCAAGACCUCCCUGGUGGAGGAGCUGGCCCGGGCCACCGGGCAGCCGGAGCUCCUGAAGAUCCACCUCGGCGACCAGACCGAUGGCAAGGCCCUGCUCGGGACCUAUGUGUGCACCGAUGUGCCCGGGGAGUUCCGCUGGCAGGCCGGUGUCCUGACGCGCGCCGUGUCCGAGGGCCUGUGGGUCUUGAUCGAGGACAUCAAUCUGGCCCCGAUGGACGUGACCGAUGGCAAGGCCCUGCUCGGGACCUAUGUGUGCACCGAUGUGCCCGGGGAGUUCCGCUGGCAGGCCGGUGUCCUGACGCGCGCCGUGUCCGAGGGCCUGUGGGUCUUGAUCGAGGACAUCAAUCUGGCCCCGAUGGACGUGGUGUCGGUGCUGGUUCCGCUCCUGGAGACGCGCACGCUCUUCCUGCCGGCGCGCAAUGAGCGCGUUGUGGCUAGCCCGAACUUCCAGCUGUUUGCCACGGUGACCAGCGUCGGGGGCGUCGGUGGUGUGCGCGGCGAUGCGCCGGCCACCGUCGCCGAUGCUUCGUCUCUGUCUUCCGAGAUGGAGGCCGACAGCACCGGCGGGGCGCCUGGCUCGGAGGAGGAGGAUGCCCCCUCGGCGGGUGCCACCGCCGGCGCCUUGCCCUGUGAGGGCGAUGACCUCUUUGGCAGCGAGGAUGCCGGUGCUCAGGGCUCCCUGCCGGGGACCGCUGAGAUCCCGGAAAAUCUCUGGCUCCAUGUCCGUGUGGAUCCCCUGACGCAGAAGGACCUGGCUCAGAUCAUCGAGGCACGGUUCCCCCAGUGCCGGGGGUUCUUCCCGUCCCCGGGCAUGGAGGUGUUCAAUGUGGCCCGGCAUGGGCUGCUGAACACUUCCGGUGCUUUGAGCAGCCCGGCGGCCGGCGGUGCGCGCAUUCUCUCGGCCCGCGACCUCUUCAAGUGGUGCUCGCGCCUGGAGCGCUAUAGCACCGGCUCCGCGAACCUGACCCAGGCCACUCGCGAGCUGCUGUUCCGCGAGGCCCAGGAUUGCUUCCUUGGGGUGCUGCCAGAUGGCCCCCGGCGCCGGCAUGCUCUGGCCGGCAUUGCGGCCGUGCUCGGCCUGCCGCAUGACGAGGCGGCCCUCGACGCCAGCGCGCACUCCUAUCGACCGGUGCGCAUGCGCUCGGAGAAGGUCUUCACCAUCGGCCGGGCGUCGUUGCCGACCGUCCGGCCGGAGCCCCUCGGCGGCGCUCCCUUCGCCUGGACCGGGGCGGCGCUGCGCAAUAUGGAGCGCAUCGCCGCGGCCGCGCAAAUGAAUGAGGCCCUGCUGCUGGUCGGUGAGACCGGUACCGGCAAGACCACCAUCGUCCAGCAGCUGGCCAGCCAGCUUGGCCGGCCGCUGACCGUGGUCAACAUGAGCCAGCAGAGCGAGUCGACCGAUCUGCUGGGCGGCUUCAAGCCGGAGAACGCGCGCAAUCUGUGUGCUCCCCUGCUGGACACCUUCACCGAGCUCUUCGGGGCCACCUUCUCCCGGCGAGCGAACCAGCGCUUCCUGGACAGCGUGCAGAAGGCCUACCGGGACCAGCGCUGGUCCCGGCUGUUGGUUCUCUUCGCCAGUGCGGUGAAGAUGGCCUGGAAGAAGAUCGGCGCCGAGGGGGCGCCCCUCCCGGCGCCCGGUGGCUCGACCGGCCCGGUGGAGGAGGGCAGCCCGCCGCCGGCCAAGCAGGCCAAGCUGCUGGCGCCCUCGGCCUCGGAGGUCACGCGGCUGCGUGCCCGGUGGGCCGCCUUCGAGGCGGAUGUCCGGCGUUUCUCCUCGCAAAAGCAGCAGCUGGAGAGCAGCUUCCUCUUUGCCUUUGUGGAGGGCGUCCUGGUGAAGGCGGUCCAGGCCGGGCAUUGGGUCCUGCUUGAUGAGAUCAACCUGGCCACCACCGAGACCCUGGAGUGCCUGUCCGGGCUGCUGGAAUCGCCGACCGGGUCGCUGGUGCUGACCGAGCGCCCGGGCGAUGAUGUGGUGGUGCACCGGCAUCCGGAUUUCCGGAUUUUCGCCUGCAUGAACCCGGCCACGGAUGUCGGCAAGCGGGAUCUGCCGCCGGGGGUCCGGUCGCGCAUGACCGAGCUCUACAUCGGGGAGCUGGAGAGAUCGGAAGAGCGUCGUGCUGCUGGAAUCGCCGACCGGGUCGCUGGUGCUGACCGAGCGCCCGGGCGAUGA